UGAGGCGGCGCGGCGCUCUUCCUUUCCGAUCCGCCAUCAGCGGUGGGACCGCCGCCAGGAUGCAGAUUUUCGUCAAAACCCUUACGGGGAAAACCAUCACACUCGAGGUUGAACCCUCGGAUACUAUAGAAAAUGUAAAGGCCAAGAUCCAGGAUAAGGAAGGAAUUCCACCUGAUCAGCAAAGAUUGAUCUUUGCUGGUAAGCAGCUGGAAGAUGGACGAACUUUAUCCGACUACAACAUCCAAAAGGAGUCCACUCUUCAUCUAGUAUUGAGACUUCGGGGUGGUGCUAAGAAAAGGAAGAAGAAGUCUUACACCACUCCUAAGAAGAACAAGCAUAAGAGAAAGAAGGUUAAAUUGGCUGUCCUGAAAUACUACAAGGUGGAUGAAAAUGGCAAAAUUAGCCGUCUUCGUCGAGAGUGCCCUUCAGAUGAAUGUGGUGCUGGGGUUUUUAUGGCUAGCCACUUUGACAGGCAUUACUGUGGCAAGUGUUGUCUCACUUACUGUUUCAACAAGCCAGAAGACAAGUGAUUGUGUAUGAAGUAAUAAAAGGCAUAAUCUAACAUUU